AGGGGAAGGGGGCGACAGAAGAAGGGUUUUCUUUAGAAAGAAUUCAUUUACGGGCGACAAAUCAGGGCGGCAGACUCGGCUGAGAAUGGCUAGGGAAUAUGAUCACUUAUUUAAACUGCUCAUCAUAGGCGACAGUGGUGUUGGAAAAAGCAGUCUCUUACUUCGAUUUGCUGAUAACACAUUUUCAGGAACAUAUAUCACGACAAUAGGUGUGGACUUCAAGAUUCGAACUGUGGAUGUGGAAGGUGAGAAGGUUAAACUCCAGAUAUGGGACACAGCUGGGCAGGAGCGAUUCCGUACCAUCACGUCCACGUAUUACAGAGGUACCCAUGGGGUGAUUGUUGUUUACGACGUCUGCAGUGGAGAAUCAUUUGCCAAUGUGAAGCGAUGGCUACAUGAGAUCGACCAGAACUGUGAUGUUGUUAACAGGAUAUUAGUUGGUAACAAAGAUGAUGACCCUGAGAGAAAAGUAGUCUUAAGCCAUGAUGCUCAACGUUUUGCUGAUCAGAUGGGCAUCCAGCUGUUUGAGACGAGUGCGAAAGAAAACAUAAAUGUGGAAGAAAUGUUUUUAGCAAUAUCCAAACUAGUUUUGCAAAUGAAAAAAGAACAGCAACGGAAGGCAGCAGAACAGCCCAAAGAAACCAUUAGUCUUCAGAGGGGUCAGAAAAAGAAAGACAAGAAAGGCUGUUGCUAGGCAACACUAAUCCCUUCUAGUAACAAAUCUUCAACUAAUUGUUUCUUCAUUUCUUUCUUCCUUUUUCUUUUCUUUUUUCUGUGGUUGUCAACUUCAACACAAAUUAAGCCAACUGUUUAAAACCAUUGAUGAUUGAUAUAAGAUUUAUGUGACAAAAUAUCCAAAAAAAGACAUGCAAGUAUGUAUACAUGACACUGUGGUCUGGUAUUUCUUUUUUUUUUUUUUUUGUAAAUAAGAGUAAAGUGAAGUCUGUAAUUCUUGUAUUUUGAGAACAUUUGAAAUUUUUCGAUUUUGUUAAAUCACCUUCAUGUAUCACGCCAGGUUAUCAUAUAUUUGUUAACAUGUAUGGCCAGUCACUUGGGAACAAAACUACGUGAGCCAGGGUUUUUAUGUAACUUUUUAUGGAUGAUAAUUUCCUACAGUGACUAAGUGUGCAUUGUUAAAAAAAAAGAAAAACUAUAUAUUCAUCAGUGAAAAUACUGUUUAGAAAGUAAUGUAUGAAGAUACCAUUCUGAUUGAAGAGCAGAUCCAACAGACUGGCAAGAAGUAGUCCAUUAGCAGAAGUUCUUGAGCAGAGUUUUGGCGGGGGACAUUUGUUGAUCAAAUUUCUAACCUGUAAGACACAAGUAAGCAAUUGUAUACAUAUUCCUCAGUACACUGUUAAGAUAGACCAGUGUUAUACGUCAGAUUUCUUCACCGACCCAGUAGUGGUUUGUCUCUCUUUAUAACAAAUAAUACUAAAAGCCGAUGUCCAUUUUCUCUUCGGGUGGGGGGGGGGGGCAGUUAUUUGGAUAUGUGAUGUUUAAUGUAAGUCCAUUUUUGAACACUGGUGCUUCUUGUGGAUCUGCUUUUCACUCAGGCUGAUUUUCAAAACAAACCUGCCACUGUUAUUUUUCCACCUGUUCAAGUUUUCAAACUAUUUGUUUAAAAUAUGGGACUAGCUCCCUGGGUGUGUCGUUUGUCCUUCGAAGAGGCAUGUACAGGAACUAGUUUGUAAAUAAAGAAUUGCACAUAAUUGUCCAUAGGGAAUGUGAACAGAUAUGAAAUGCUCGGAUGUAAUUUUAUUAGGACUUAAGUAAAGGUUUGUAUCAUUGUGGUCACAUGUUUGUAUACAGUUACUCAUGGAUUAAAUAUGCAUUGUAAAUUCUGUAUAUCGUAUAGUUUCUCGUGCAGAUCAUAUUUUUCAGCUGCUUGAUAUUAGAAAAAAAUUCAAGUUUAUUAGAGUGAUUUUGAACUCAUUUCUUAAUUGCAAUUUUGGCCUUGUUGCUAAAACUUGUUCUCCUGUGUUGUGGGUACUCAUGCUUUCAAAGAAAUUCCUGGUAAAUCAAUAAAGCUUUGUUACAUUUUCUUUAAGACAGACAAAUAAUACUAGUGUUUGAGACUGUGGCAGCAUUUUUCGUGACCUAAGCAAACUAUGAAGGUACCCUUUAACUUAUUAAUCACCAUAACUUUUCAUCUCCAGCACUAUGAUCUUACUUAUUUUCAUCUCCAGGACUAUGAUCCUACUUAUUUUCAUCCCCAGCACUAUGAUCCUACUUAUUUUCAUCCCCAGCACUAUGAUCCUACUUUUACCUUUGAUCUUUUAAUAAUUACUGAAAAAAAAAUGUACUGGACAUUUAGUAAUGUGCAAAGCAAUGAAAAACUAAAACAUAAAACUUAUCUUCCCAAAAGCUUUGUCUUGUUAUGCUAAAGUUGGUUGUUUAGUUAGGCUUACAUUGUAACAUUUGACAUUUGGACCAUCUGGUUUUAUGGACCAUGCCCUUUUUUUUUUUUUUUUUUGCGUUAAGGAAUUUCCAAGGUGUGUGUUUUAUGUAUCUCAUUGAGACAGAAAUAUUUUCUGAUGUGACUUUUGUUUUUUUUUUUUUUUGUGGGACAUAUAAGCUAAAUUUGGCAAGUCAGAAAGCAUGAAUCUUGGUUGUGUUUUCAGAAAGUAGUCAAGUGUUCACUACAGCUAAAUGUCCACAGCCUGUUGGGUUCCACACUGGAAUUGCCCUGUACAUAUAACUGAAGUGCAUGUACUUACCAGCAUAUAUGGGGUUAGUGGCCUGCUCUUGCCUCCCCAGUAACACACUACUAGCAGGUUUGUAGGAUUCAAAUAACCGUCGUCUGGAGAGUGUAGAGUUGUUAAUGUGGAUGUGAUGUGACCAGCCCAGUGGAAUAUUUUAAAUGCUUAUGUGCACCCCAGAGGCUAGCCAUUAGCUGGCUAGUGGCAGUCUACUAGAGCACACAGAGAAUUCUCAGCCUGACUUGUACAAUGUCUAAUGAAGGCCUCUUUUAUUUGCUGAGAAAACGUGUUAUUUAUCUUCGUCCAGAACUGAUAUAUAUAACUAUUAACCUCUGAUUAUUGAUUAGUUUUGUGAUUGUGUUUCACAGUUGUUUGUAUACAUGUAUAUAGCUACAUUCCAUUGUUUGAAGGUAGAUGUUUUAGGUGUAAAACUAUUUAAACCUGUCAAAAACAGCACAGGUGUUGUCUCUGGCUUUAUGGGUGUUAGUUGCUGUUGUUCUUUUGCUUUAGUAACACUUAAUGUGUUCUGAUGGUUUUGUUGUUAAUGAUUAGAUUCCCAAAGAA